UUUUUUUUUUUUUUUUUUGCUUCCUUGCAAGCUUCAUGCUCUGAGGACCAUGAAGGAAGCAUGCAAAUGGCAGACUUGUUCCCAACCCCUGCAAAAAUAAUCAGAUCAAAAGGUCCACGAUAUGACCAAGGCACAACAUCACGGCUCUCUGGUGGCUCGCAGAUCAUCCCCUGCAAAGUACCUGUUCCGGAUGCCAGAGUUUCUAGCAAAGCUGAGGAACCAUCACUGGCUGGCUGAAGGGAGAAGAUCAAUAAUCGAUAAUAUCGAAACGGGGAGGAGUAAAAUCGUUGAGAAAUAGGAUUCCAAUUUGAGCUUUCCAUUCAAGCCCUGUUCGAGCGACAGAUCUGUUGACUUCCCUUCUCGGCCUGUCGGCAAUGGUCGGGGCAUUGCUUGAUACCUUGAAGUGCGAGCUCCUCCUUCACGAGCAUCAACAGGCCAGAUCCCUACCGGGAGGAGGGACAACAGAUCGAACCAGCAGGUAUCGAUAAACAAUCAUUAACCAAUCGCCUGGAAUCUCAUCGCCUGAUGCCCCGAAAGUCCGGGUAAGAAGCUCAGGGAGAGGGUAUUAUUCGCUCCCCCAACCAUGUACGAAGCAAUACCCGCGUAUAUUUAAAAUAAUAGCGAGGGAUUCGCUCCGCAGUUGCAUGCAGAAUAACCCAGUCGCGUUACGCCAAAGACGUAGAGGGCCCAGGAUAGAGGAGUCUAUCGGGAGGGGUUCAGGUGUGGUUGUGGCGCCCCUGAAGAAAAUUGACACAAGUGUGGUGAGCCCAUGGGUAAUUUAUAGAAGUUACGAUGGAUCCGACAGCGAGCCACACAGGAGAUAAACUGACCUGUCACAUUGCGCUGAAGAAAGCCCUGGAUGCUGGACUCUUCCCUGUCAAUUUGCUGGUGGCAAAUCAUUGUCUGCCCUUUUGUGGUGCUGGCUGUCGCUGACGUCGGUGUACCCUCACUUCGUUGGGUACAUACAUACUUACAUACACACAUACAUACAUACACGCCAGCGAAGACUUGGAGGCCCUGUUCAAAGUAAGCUUGAACGAGCUAGCUAGCAAGGCACCGCUGCUGUGGCUGGCGCAGCUUCGGAAUGCCCAUGAUACGAGGAUUGUUUUGGUUUUGGAGGACAAACCCAGUACUCCCGUACGCAGGACAGGUUUACUCCUUUCCUACUUGGGCGUGCUUCCUCCUAGUUUACCGCGGAGUCCUCUGUAUGUAUGCAAGUACUCCAUAGCUUCGCCGUUUCUACAUUUCUUUUUCCGCCCUCUGUUGCAUCAUUGUGUCUCUCUCGAUGCAAGAUAUAACUCGAGAAAGGCCCCGUCGUCCAGUUCUAUAUUUUCUAGCCCGUCACAACUUGAGACUUAGGUUGUUGUGCCAUCCGUCCCUUUUGUGGUUGAUCAAAUUCACCGGCGAUGAAGACCACAAUCCCGUCUGAUGUUUGGGAAACCAAGCGAUCUCAAAUAUCAAACCUAUACACGGAAGAGGAAUGGCCGCUCAAGCAGGUCAUGAAGAAGAUCCGUACUGAAGACUUCAAUCCGACGUAAGUUUGUUGUUCCUCAGUUAACCAGUUCAUCUAUGAAUCUUUCAAUCAUGAUCAAAUGGAGAAGAAAGUUUACUUACAAAUGGGCCCCAAUUGUAGUGAGACCCAACUGCGAAGCAGACUCAAGAAAUGGGGAGUCACCAAGCCCUCAAGGCAGAGACGGAAGAGGCCUGCAAGCCGCCCUACUGAUCGCGGAGGAUCGUUAUCAUUGUCACCAACACAAGCAAUGGAACUGCGCAGCCGCGUCAACGACAACUAUCCUCCUCAAUUCAUUGGAUACCCUCCUCCCGCUGGGCAACCAGCUCACCCUGAGGCCUGGGAUUCUCGAGUACGCUGGAUAAUAGCACCUUCUCACGAUCGUGGGCAUCAAAUUAAAGUCACCCCAUGCUAUGAUGGCCGCCGCGCGAGCGCUUCCUCAAAUGUUUCUCUGAUUGAAGACCCUUGCCAGUCCCCAGUCGGCUAUUCUGAUCAUCACCAUCAUCAUACACACACCAUGAAUCGCCACUAUCCGAACGCCAGCUCUACUCAUGGCUCCUCUUCAAGCAUUGAAAGUUGCUCAGCACUAGCUUUCUCUGGGAUCAAUCCCAAUCUUACCACUUCCUCCGGCGACAUCACACCCCCAAGCGAUGCUGCAUCGAGUGGCCUUCCGGCCGGCUGGCAAUCACCCGAUAGCGCUCACCACGCAGUUCGCACCCCAAGGUCUACCCUCCCAUCUCCUGCUAUCCAGCCCACUAGCCCAUGGAGUUAUCCUACCCCUGAUAUGUGCCAGCGAUGCUCACCCACCAUCUACCCUCUUGAUGACCCCACCGUGGAGCAGCAAGUUAACUAUGUGAAGGAGUAUCUGGACAACGAGGAAAGCCUCUCAUACCCAUCCGUUUUGGACCUUCCUUUGAAUGAUGGCGAAAUUCUAGACUCAUACUCAAUGAAGCCCUGGAAACGGCCCUCUUCCAGUGGAGAAGGCUCAGUUCGAUUUUCUUGUGCAGGAGAUACUUCUCCCGCCCAAGAUUGUCAAAACAUAAAAUCCCAAACUUUAGCACCCUCAGCGACAUGCCCCACUGUCGUAACUCCGCCUUCUACCUUGGAUGCAACCAGUGGAUAUCCAAAAAUAGAGUCUCCAGGGCCUCUUGACAUUUCUACUAUAGGGGGCUCCACUGACUCCAUGGGACUCACAUCCCAUCAAUCAUAUCCGUCCGAUGCCAUGGGCAAUGAUUAUCUGCUUGCGCCUACCAUGUUAGCUUGAAGAGAGGGGGGAAAUUUCUUCUUAUCUUUUUCUUUACACUGCAUGUUGUUGGAUACCCAUUUUUGCCUCUCCUUAAUAAAAACUGGUUCCUACUGCACUCGCUCUAAUCUUAAUGAUCAGCCUGUUAUAACUUGUCCCUUGGAACAAUUAUUUGCCCAACUAUCGGUUUCAGUUCUGGGAAAAGGCGCAGUACGUUUCUUUUUCUCCUAUCUGAUACGGACGACUACGUCGUUCGUCGUGGAGUACGGUGAUUUUAUCUUUUUUGUCUGUCUCUUCUCCUACGUUUCACCUCCAUUUUUCACUUUUAGAUGACACACAGGUAUGGGAAACAGGUCAGGGCGAACUUAUGGAAGGAAAUUGACCAGGGAUUUUAAUAUGGUAAAUGUGUUUGUCUAUAUGGGGCGUUAUGUCUUACCCCUUUGUUUGUCUAUCUGACCUGUUUGAUGUCAUAUCUCUCUUUUUGACUACACCUAUGCCCUCUAUGGUGAAUGGCUGCAUGUACGAAAUGAUGUAUGCUAGGAGCUGGAUACUCCUCGAGAAGAAAAAAGGCCACUGCUGGACAUGUGAAAUACGUCUUCAUCGACUGGUCAUGUAAGAUCUCUGGAGAUGAUAGCUGAACUGCUUUUAUCUAAGAAGUCGCUUCACCCUCGUUUUUCAAGGCUAGAACAUUGGGAUCGAACUCAUGCUUACGCAGGUACCUAUUGCCAUAUUAAGCUAUGGAUAUGAUACUCUUCUCUUUGAUAUGCUUGCAUCCUUUGGCUUUGCACACCUAAAUAUCUAGGUACCCUUUUGAGUAAAUUCCAGAUGCCAAUUGAAACUCACAGGGUAUAACUCUAUCGAAUAUGCGCCCAGUGCGUUUAUUACCUGCUCGUCCCACACCUAUUUCCCCAUUUGCAUUGUCCGACCCGGGCUCUAUAUGCAACAGAUAUCAAAUACAGGCUU